AGACGGUGGAGCUGAGCCUCAGGGGCGGGAGCGCCGGCCUUAUGUGUUCAACCUUUACUUCACCUGCUCGCAACUUGCUCCUUGAUCUGAGUAUAACCCAUGUGGAAUGUUGUCCGGAAAAAAUAUUAGUACAUUUCUGGGGUCGGUACAGUGAGGUUUGUGAAUUGGACUAUCAUAUAUUGCAUAAUGAAGUGCAGAAUGCAGCAAAGACUAGUGCCAACAUUGCAAUUGGUGAGUUUUGUUUUGCAGAAGACCUUUACAAUGGAGGAUGGCAUCGAGGAAGGGUAAUAAAGAAAGAUGAAGAAUCAUACGAAGUAUUUCUCAUAGAUGUUGGGAUGGUAUUGACAGUUGAUUCUAGACACAUUGCCCUUGCCAAGGAGAAUUUAUUUCAAUUGCCUCCAAAAGUAGUAUGUGGCAUAUUUGCCAAUAUAGUACCAGUAAGAGGAAUAUGGUCUCCAACAGCAGUCAAAUAUUUGUCAUCACUAGCAACUUUUCAAAUCAAAGGUUACAUUGAAGAUAUCUUAAUGGACCAAAUUAUUUUGGUGGAAGUUCCCAGUAUUAACCAAAAGCUCUUUGAACUUGGUUUAGCAAAAGUUCUUGAUGGCAGUACUUUCCAUUUUGUAUUGGAAAUUUCAGAAGAUUUACUCGGAUGUCCUGGCUAUGAAAAUACUAAAACUCAGUAUAUAAAUAAAUGCUGCAGGAAACCUGUGCUUGAUGAAACAAUUAUAUUAUCUCCUAGCUUCCAGCGUAUCUUGGAUGUUUUGAGCCCCAGUUUGCAAACUGGAGUUACAGAGACAGUAAAAAUAACAUGUGCUUCCGGUCUUCAUAACUUCCACUGCCAAUUGAAAAGGCUGGCUUCAGAGCUAGAAGCAAUGAUGAGAGACUUGCAGUGUUACUAUGAAAAUAAAGGAAAACAAUUAAACGAUGAACCUGUUGACAAUUUUGGUGCACUUUGUGCUGCAAAAGGUAAAGAUGGAAAAUGGUACAGGGGAGUUGUAAAGCAACUCUUAAGCUCUGGCCAGAUAGAAGUUUGGCUCAUGGAUUAUGGAAGGACUGAAUUUGUAUUUCCUGAUCAUAUUAAAAAAUUGAUGCCAAUUUUUUUUAGGAUGCCACUGAUGUCAUUUCCUUGUGCACUAACUGGCUUACCAAACCAAACAAAGCAAUGGAUAAGUUUGCAGACUGAAAUUUUCAAGGAAUCGCUGUUUGAGGAAGCCUUAACUAUUUGCAUCGAUUCCUACUCCUGUGAAGAGCAUUUAUACUAUGUUACACUCUACAAGCAGAAAAACAUUAAUAUCAGUCAGAUGGCUGAAGUAAAUCCAGAGAUUGAGUGUUGCCCAAAGAAGAAGGAAAAUAAGGAUAUCAAUGGACAAUUUGGAAAAUUUCCAGAAACUAAGAUGACAGCGACUGGGAAAGAGACGUGUAAAUCAAUAUAUUGUAGAUUAAGAUCUGAUGAGAUGAAAAUAAAUGCUUUCUACGUUGGGUUUGUUGAGUAUGUCAUUAACCCAUCUGACUUUUGGAUUCGAACAUUGGAACACAAUGAUGAAUUUGAAUGCUUAAUGAUCAGCAUUACAAACCACUACAGCAAUAUUGGCAUAAAUGAAGAACUCAUUCGGGAACCAGUACCUGGUUUAUUUUGCUGUGCUAGGUAUAGCAAAGACCUACAUUAUUACAGAGCAGUUAUUACUGAAGUACUUGACAACCAACUCAGAGUGUUUUUUGUUGAUUUUGGAAAUGCUGAAGUUGUAAAUUUUAAUGCUGUGAAAUCCCUGCUUCCUGAGUACACACGUCUACCUGCUUUGGCUAUGAAUUGUUCCAUUGCUCAUGUUUUUCCUUUUGAAGAAGUGUGGACUAAAGAUGCCACUAACUUCUUCAAGAAAGCUGUAUUCAACAAAGAACUUUUUAUUGAAGUAGUCUCAAGACAGGGCAGCAAAUAUAUGAUUGAUAUGAAAGAUAUGGAAUGCAGGGAGCAGUCAUCUAUUAGUAUACUAAUGCUUCAAGCUGGGUACGCUGAUUUUUGGAAUGUACAGGCAGAUGCUACGUUGCUUCAACAGAAAUGUAUGCUGAAAUUUCCGAGGGCUAGGACAACCAAAUCAACCACAAGUGAGAAAAGGAUAUGUGCAGAUAAAAACACAAAGGUGAAAAAUUCAUGCAGCAUUCCAGUUUCAAAUAUCCCAGCGUCUACUGCUUUAUUUCCAGCUGUUACAAUGAAUAAUAACUUUUCAUGUGUACAUCUUAUCAUGCCAACAUGGAUUAAAGAGUCAAAAAUAGCAUCGCCAUAUAGACAACAAGUGUUUAAACUUGGGUCUGUUCUCGAUGUGAGAGUAUCUCAUGUAAAUUCUCCAGGAGAAUUUUGGUGUCAACUGCAAAGUAACUCAAAUCAACUUCAAUUACUUAUGAGGAAUAUGCAGCAUUAUUAUAGUACUCCAAGGGAUGCUUUUCAACCUGAACAUAUUGGGUGUGUUGCAAAGUGCUCUAAAGAUGGUCAGUGGUAUAGAGCAUCAAUUAUUCAAAGGAGUUUUCCAAAAGAGGAGGUUACUAUAUUGUUUGUUGAUUAUGGUAUGCAGCAAAAAGUAGCUAUGAAAAGUCUUUAUGCUAUUAAUCCAGAAUUUCUUCAGCUAGAAGGACAGGCAUUUAGAUGCACUCUUAACAGCAUAAUUCAAUCUGUAAGCCGCAACCCUUCUGUUUGGGAUCAAGUUUCCUGUAAUAAAUUUAAGCAAUUCAUUGACAAUUGUUUAAUUUCUGCUGAGCGUCUUAAAUGCACAAUAUUUGCAAUGGCUCUGAUGGAUGGAAAGGGCCUAUGUAAUGUGGUAGACCUUCAUACACCACUUAUUAAUGUAUGCCAGUUACUUUUGGAUAUGGGACUAGCUACUUGUGUUGAAUCAACUUGUUCAUUUAGUCCCUCAGUUCAACUAUACACACCUUUUUAUGGUGCCCAUGGUAUAAAAGUUGGAAGUGAAGAGAAGGUGUAUGUAACACAUGUGUCUAGUCUGUCAAAAUUCUAUUGUCAACUUGAUAAAAACACAGUAGUUUUGGAUGUACUUAGGACUGGGGUGGACAUUGUUAGUAAACAAAUGCAAGAACAAAGAUUAGACCUUGACAAAACCAGCAUGUGCUUGGCAAAAUACUUUGAAGACGGUCAGUGGUAUCGUGCUAUAGCCCGUUCUGUGCAUUCACCUGAACAUUUUAAAGUGUUUUUCAUUGACUAUGGAAACACAGAGAUAGUUGAUAAAAAUGACGUGGUCCCAAUUCCUGAAGAUGCAACGGAUCUGAUUUUGAUACCAAUGCAAGCAGUGAAGUGCUGUUUGUCUCUUAGUCUUCCCAAACUGUCAGAUGAAACCAUUGCCUUGUUUAAACAGACUUUAAUGGGAAAACCUCUAAAAGCCUUUGUGGUAGCAAAGAAGUCUGAUGGUCAGUUGAUUCUUGAGCUUUAUGAUGGAAGUGUGAAAAUCGGUGCUCAAAUAACAGAACAGCACAUUAGGGCAUGUGGAAGAGAGGUAAUAUGCCCUGAUGAAACAAAAUGGCAAAGUGGCAAUUCUCACUAUCCAGCAAAAACAGUUCCUUCCACAGAACAACUGAUAAGUAGGCAACCUCGUUACUUAGCACACUUGAUCAAGGAAACAAACAGACUGAUUCGUUCCUAUGUGGGACAUAGAAAGAAAGACCAGAACUGCAGCGUUAAAAAGGAAAAUACACCAUGUAAGGCAGGAAAACAUUACAAAAAUAAAAGCUCAAAGCAUUGCCAAAAUGAAACUAUCCCUAAAUUUACUGCACAGUUAGAAAAACUGAAAAAAAUAUGUAACAGAAAGAACUCGGGUGAAACAGACCAGGCAGGCAAGACAGCAUUUCAGCUAGGGAAGAUUAAGAUGGCAUCUCAUCAUGUGAUUACCUCCAGGAAAACAUUACCGUCUACCAUAAUAUGUCACGUUGUGCAAAACAGUCCGGCAGCACAAAAUACAAGGGAUCGCUUUGAAAUGAUUUGUAAAACUAGAAAGCACUGUCAGGGCAAACGGCUUCUUCAAAAUCUGAUAGAUGGGCCUCAACCUAACUUGGUGAUCAGCUUAAAGUUUGAAAAAUGUAUUGGAUGUGGAAAUAGUUCUUCAGACUCCUUCAUAGAACUAGCACAUGAUGAGCACAGAACUCCAGAUCAUCUAAAAGAGAGAGCUGGUGCAGCGUUUACUGAAGCUAAACUCAAGGAUUUUCAGAAUACACAGGUGAGAGAUGUUAUUGAUGCAUUUAUAGAAAAUGAUGCUUGGCAUUGUGCUGUUGUAAAAGAAAUCACAUUAAACCCAUUCUGCAUAAAGUUCGUUGAUCUUGCCAACAUGGCAGAUUCUGCUUAUUCUAAAACGGGCCUGUUUAAGAAAUUCUUAAAGCCAACAUUGCAACAUACACAAUCUGAUGGACUGCCGUGUUCUCAAGUUGUUUCACUUUUUACAAAUGAGCUCACUCGAGAACAUAUAGUUUGUGAGUUUGUCCAAGAGUCUAGUCAGUUUUGGAAAGUACAUCUUAGUCAUUGCACUGGAUCCUCAGCUGGCAAAUUCUUAACAAGUGAGAUGGCAAUUGGCAUGUCUAGCAGCCCAGAGGCUUUAAUGCUCAACAAGGCUUCAGAAACAGAAACAUUUAUUUCUCAGCUAGAUCUAUCUUUACAUGGCAUAAGGAACGUACCUGAGAAAAUUGAUGUUGAGGAUAAACACAACUGUACAAAAAUUAUGUCUUAUGAACAACAGUAUAAAGUCAACACAGAAUUUCUAUUUCGGAUAGAUAAACAUUUACUUGAGAAACUUAUGUGUUGGGGAAGAAUCAUUUGGCUCAUUAAAGCUGUCACUUUGAUAAGUGUGGCAAACGGUGAAAACUUCAGUAUUAAACUUAAUGCAAGCACUGAGGAGUUGUUUCCCUUAACUGUGGUUGUUGAUGAAGAUUUAGAAAGAGAAAAUGUAUUAUCCUCAAAUGCAAUUGAAAGAAGAAAAUGUUUGUUCCAAGAAAUUGACAUCAAAUUGGAUUCUGGAUUUUGGGAGGCUGUGAUUGGCCAAGAUGCUACUUCUCUUGCUGAAAAAUAUCAAGCAAUGGUCCGCAAAAAUGACACACUUAUUGCUUCACAAAAUUGUUCACCUGAUUUGGAUGGAUGGAUGAAUAAAAUUACUUUUACAGAAAUGGCGAUCAAUAUAGCAAACAAACAAUGUUUGGGGUCAUCAGAAACUUUGCUUUCUGUUGAUAACAGCAAGAUAUGCUUAUCAUCAUUGAACCCAAUUUUGUGUGGUUCUAUCCAAACUAAAAUAGAGUACACUGACUUUGCUACUUCUGUGAUUGACCCUUCAGAAUUCUACAUUCAUAUCGAAGAUACAUUUGAAAUGAUGGAAACACUCUCUUUACUUGUAGCUCAACUAUCAGAGGAUUUUCAUCCUUCAUCUCAAGACAUAUAGAAUCCUGGUGUAAGUAGCUAAUCAAGCUUGACACAGAUAAGCAGUGGUCUGGGAUGGAAAUUUAUGAAGUGUCUCAACAGUUUGUUCUUGUUAGAGCUAUUGA